CGACGUCAACGAGCGAUUCGCCCCGACAGCAGCACAGCACAAUGGCUUCGAAACUGGUGCCCCUUGCCUUCCGCAGCGCCUCGCGCGCCCUGCGAGUCCAGCGCCCCCAAUGGCGCGCGUUCAGCGCCUCGCCGGCGGCCCGGAGCGACAACCUCAUGGUUCACCGCGACACGGCGGAGAACAACGCCUCGAUCCCGUUCAAGUUCACGGCGCAGAAUGAGCAGCUCAUCAAGGAGAUUGUGUCGCGGUACCCGUCCAACUACAAGAAGGCGGCCGUCAUGCCGCUGCUCGAUCUCGGCCAGCGCCAGCACGGCUUCACCAGCAUCAGCGUCAUGAACGAGGUCGCGCGCAUCCUCGAGAUGCCGCCGAUGCGCGUCUACGAGGUCGCCACCUUCUACACAAUGUACAACCGCACCCCCGUGGGCAAGUACCACGUCCAGGUGUGCACAACAACACCCUGCAUGCUGCGCAACAGCGACGCGGUGAUGAAGGCGUGCGAGGACACGCUCGGCAUCCACCACGGACAGACGACCAAGGACGGCAACUUCACCUUCACCGAAGUCGAGUGCCUGGGCGCGUGCGCCAACGCGCCCAUGGUGCAGAUCAACGACGACUUCUACGAGGACCUGACGUACGAGACGACGCAGUCGCUGCUCAACGCGCUGAAGCACGCCACGUCGGCCACGGGUGCGCAGGCACCCGCCGAGGGGCUUGCGGGCGCGGCCAAGGUGCCGGCGCCGGGGCCGCUGAGCGGACGGCAGAGCUGCGAGCCCGCGGGCGGCUUGACGGCGCUGAACAGCGAGUUCUGGGGCAACGAGAAGCUGAGGACCGACGGAGCGCUGGAUUAGCGUGGGGAUGUGUGUUUGCUGGAGCUGUUGGUGAUGCGUGUAGAUUACUGAAUACCAUUUCUGGAUGUACGUGUGGUUUGGAUGUACGUGUGGAUCAAGAUGGACCCUGUUGUUUAUAUGUGAGACUGGUGGUAGCUGUCUGUGGUGAUGGACUCGACCAGUAGACGUCAAGCAUUCGCCUGGCAACACACUGCGACUGACAUGGCUCUGGCAGACACGAUGCAACUGACAUGCAUCUGACAGCCC